AUGGCUCUAACUCAUAGAGGUGGUGCUAUGAUAGCAAUCGUGACGGUGCUGGUUGCCUUAUCCCUUGCUGCUGUUCUUCUUCGGAUUCUUGCUCGAUACAGAAGGAGAGUUCGGUUUGGCAUGGACGACUAUCUUUGUUUCCUUUCCGCCAUAUUGCUUCUCGGAAUGCUUGUUGAGCUCGUCUUGUGGGUGCUAAUUGGAGGUAACGGCUCUCACCAGGCAGACUUGAGCGAGGAAACAAUCCAGAACUUCUACAAGAUCUUCCUAGCAAACCAAUUUACCUACUUUGCCCUCAGCCCGCUCACCAAAAUCUCCUUUGUCUGCUUCUACCGCCGCGUCUUCACAAUCCCUUCCUUCCAGUGGACCUCGCUCGUUAUGAACAUGAUAAUCGCCCUCUGGGGCGCCGCCAUCUUCGUCGCCUGUGGCCUCCAAUGCCGCCCCCUAAGCGCGUACUGGGACCACACCAUAACCGGCACCUGCUUCGACAGCACUAAGUUCAUCAUCGUCAAUCAAGUCUUCAAUGUCCUCGUGGACUUUGCCAUCCUCGCCCUCCCAAUCCCAAUGAUCUGGAACCUCCAACGCUCGUGGCAAGACAAGCUCGCGCUGAAUGGAGUCUUUGCCAUCGGCGGUAUCGUCUGCCUUGCCUCUAUCUACCGCAUCGUCGUGCUCUUCUGGAUCGACCCCGCGGACGUUACAUACACAGUAUACAAAGCAACGCUAUGGACACACAUCGAGCCGUCCAUAGGUCUGACAUGCUCCUGCCUCCCCAUCAUUCGUGGCUUGUUCCCGCAGUUCAAGCUAUCAGGGGCUCGCCAGGACAACGCAGCGUACUAUGUCCCGACAGACCGAACCGAUACCUCGAUCUCCCAGAUCCCCCUCUCAGCCGCAAAGUCGCCUGCUUCGGAGAAAUUCUUUGCAUUCAAGCUUGAGGAGCGCGCGGAUAGGUCCCUCUCACUUUCUCGCUCUCCUCGUGAUAUCUCUAGCUUCCAGAGUCCUCCAAGCCCGCUGGCUAUUGAGGUUCGCACGGAAAUCGAUGUCGUGCAGAAUAGCGGGCAGUCCAUUCGAUCGCAUAAUCAAGUUUGA